UGUGCAUCCUCAACACCUCACUUGGCCUUCUCUUUCUAAACUCCAGAGUGCAAACCAUGAAAUCAAUGGAUCUCUUAUCUCCAUCAUCUCUACUGUUCGUCUUCCUUAUCUCUUUCUGUCUUUACCUUUUAUUUUUCAAGUUUGCCAGAAAAUCCUCCGAGAGGGGCUUCCGAAACUACCCCUUGCUGGGAACUUUACCUGAUUUCUUGAAGCAUCGCGAACGCUUCCUGGAUUGGACCACCGAGGUUCUCCGGGACUGCCCCACCAACACCGCCGUCUUCUACCGUCCUGGCAAAGUCCGAGGCAUCAUCACGGCAAACCCAGACAACGUAGAGCAUAUGCUCAAAACCAACUUCCCCAAUUAUCCCAAAGGCGACCGAUUCAUUAGCCUCCUCCACGAUUUCCUCGGCACAGGAAUCUUCAACUCCGACGGCGACCUCUGGAAGGUUCAGAGGAAAACCGCCAGUUACGAGUUCAACACCAAAUCGCUCCGAAACUUUGUUAUUGAGAAUGUCACCGUCGAAAUUCAGACCAGGUUAUUUCCUGUCCUCUCUCGGGCCUCCCAGACCCUCCGGGUUCUGGACAUGCAGGACAUCUUGGAGCGUUUCGCUUUCGACAACAUUUGCAAGCUCGCUUUCAACUACGACCCUAAAUGUCUCGGAGGCGAGGGAACCGGCGGAACGGAAUUCAUGUCGGCGUUCGAGGAUGCCGCGACGCUGAGCUCCGGGAGGUUCAGAUACGCUUUGCCUGGCGUGUUUAAAAUCAAGAGGUGGUUCAACGUAGGAUCGGAGCGGAGGCUGAGAGCAAUCGUGACGGUACACAAGUUCGCGGAUGAGAUCAUAAGGUCCAGAUUGGAAGCUAAGGACACAAAUCAAGACCUGGACUUAUUGUCUCGGUUUAUCGGAACGGAAGAGAGUUCUCCGGAAUUUCUGCGAGAUAUCGUGAUAAGCUUCAUUCUAGCAGGGCGAGACACAACGUCGGCUGCUCUGAGCUGGUUCUUCUGGAUACUAUCCUCAAGACCAGACGUGAUGCAGGAAAUAAGAGACGAGCUAAGAGCUAUUCGCUCGCGAAAUGGGAAGAACAAAGGGGAUGCCUUUGUGUUCGAUGAGCUGAAAGAAAUGAACUACCUUCAAGCAGCUAUUUCGGAAACGAUGAGGUUGUACCCACCAGUACCGGUAGACACGAAAGCAUGCCUGAACGACGACGUGUUACCUGAUGGGACGGUGAUUCAGAAGGAUUGGUUCAUAUCUUACCACACCUACGCCAUGGGAAGAAUGGAGAGCAUCUGGGGAAAGGAUUGCUGCGAAUUCAAACCAGAAAGAUGGCUUGAAAACGGGGUUUACAGAGGUGAGAAUCCGUUCCGAUAUCCAGUGUUCCAUGCAGGUCCAAGGCUGUGUUUGGGCAAAGACUUGGCCUACAUUCAGAUGAAGUGCAUAGCGGCUUCAGUGUUGGAGUUGUUUGAGAUAGAGGCACAGAAUAAGGACAAGUGUCCCGACGAUGUGUUAUCUUUGACUUUGAGGAUGAAAGAAGGCUUGCCCGUUGGGGUAUCCGAGAGAAAUGUCUCGUGUUGUGAAUCCUGAUUUGCCCAACAAUCUCCGAGGGCAAAUUCCAUCUGUAAGCCAAAAUAAAAGCUGCUGAUUAUUAUAAUUAGUUAAAUUACAACGUUAGUGCUUCCUUUCAUGCGUUUGUUUAUAGUAUUGGCUUUUUUUCUUUCCUAGUUUUGUUGUUGCACUAUUAUACUCUAGAUAAUUCACGGGAGAACAUCUUAUACAGAGAUCUUACAUCUGCGUGUUAACGUGUUU